CAGAGGAGCACAGAGAGUGAGACAAAGCCAGGCACCAACAACUCUCAGCUGAAGCUCCUGUCCUCACGCUCCACCAUGAAGGUCUCCGCUGCCCUCCUGUGCCUGCUGCUCACCGUGGCCGCCUUCAGCGCCCAGGUGCUGGCUCAGCCAGAUGGACUUGGUUCCUCCACCUGCUGCUAUGACUUCAUCAGUAAGCCCAUCCCCAAACCGAGGCUGCUGAGCUACAGAAGAAUCACCAGCAGCAAGUGUCCCAAAGAAGCUGUGAUCUUCCAGACCAGACGGGCCAAGGUCUGUGCUGACCCUACGGAGCAGUGGGUCCAAGAGGCCAUGAAGCACCUAGACAAGAAAACCCAAACUCCAAAGCCUUGAAUACUCACUCAGCAACCCAAGAAUUUGAACCUAAUUUAUUUUCUUCUAGCUUUCCCUCAGUACCCCCCUGAUAUUAUUUUAUUCUAUUUUGAAAGAGUAUGAACUAUGUUUAUUAAUAUGAAACAUGAUGCCUUAAGUGAUGUUAACCUUAUUUAAGUUAUUAAUGUUUUAAGUGUAUCUCCCCUGAAUACUAGUGUUUUUUAGAGAUGGAGACUUAAGUAAAUUGCUUUCCUCUGUAACUCCAGUUCCACCCGGGGAUGGUGUGAGUUUCCUUGCGAGAAUCAUUAAUGCAAACACUGGUUUUUUGAAUUCCGAGGUAUUGCUAAAAAUGUCAUUGUGCAAAUGAAUAUGAUGUAACUGUUGA